CAGCUCUCUACUCUUAGGUCAAAAUGGCGGGCCGACCUGCAGUUGCAGCAUCAAGCAAGUGGCUGGAUGGUUUCCGGAAGUGGUAUUAUAAUGCAGCGGGCUUCAAUAAACUGGGGUUAAUGCGAGAUGACACAAUGCAUGAAACUGAAGAUGUAAAAGAAGCCAUAAGAAGGCUGCCUGAGAACCUUUAUAAUGACAGAAUGUUUCGAAUUAAGAGAGCCCUAGACCUGUCUAUGCGGCAUCAGAUCUUGCCUAAGGAUCAGUGGACAAAAUAUGAGGAGGACAAAUUCUACCUUGAACCCUAUCUGAAAGAGGUUAUUCGGGAAAGAAAGGAGAGAGAAGAGUGGGCGAAGAAGUGAUCGUGUAGUUAAGAUCUGUGGGUGCGCCUGGUCUCACCCUAUUUUAUGACAUUGUUUCAACCUGAAUCACAACUUAAGAAUCAUUUGCUCUACACAUGCCUCACUUUAAAUAAAUGUCUAUUAUAACCGUUGUUGGACUAUUUGAAUCCAAUUCAAACUUUUACUCUCAUAAUUACUAUUAUCAUUUUUAUGACACAAAUUUUUUCCAGAUUUCUAAGAUAUUUUUAGUUGCUGCUUAACUGGAGAUGACAGGAGCUGCUUUAAUCAUCUCUUCAUGGCUAUAUAACUAUCCAGCUUACUGAAAGAUGCAGCACUUUAUACAAGCUGAAUAGUAGGCUUUAGAUUCCCUUUCUGGGCUCCUGGGAAGUCAUAGCAAGGCCUGUACAGGUGUGAGAUGAGGGAUUAGGCAACCAGCACUGAACAGUUGGGCCAUCAGCUUUCAGAGUGACUGAUGGAAGGAAGGGAACAUUUACCCCAGGUUAGUUACCCAGGACCCGAGACACAGCCUUUCAGAACAUUGCUCUCUACCUAGAUUUAUUUUGCAUUUAGGAAAAGUCUGUAUUCCAUUAUGGGCUUAUGUAACUUACCUAUGUAUGUGCAGGUGCAUGUGCUCCUAUGCUAAUCAGUAAUGAAUAAAUAAGUAAUAAAUCUGGCAUGAGGAAAACAACAGAGAAAAACACAAA